CAGCCGUCGGCUGGCACUUCGGCAUUCGUCGUCGAUCGUUACGCACAGGAGAGACCAUCGCCAUUGUGUAAAAAGCAUCCACGACGCUCGGAUAGUGCACGCUGAGGGACCGGACUUUUCACCGGAGCGCGUAGUUUUUCCUUCGAGAAUUUUCCUCUUGUGAUAUUUAGACUGUGCCAACAUUAGAAACGAGGGAAACUAUUGAAAUAUGGAGGACGAUCAGCAGUUCUGCCUAAGGUGGAACAAUCACCAGAGCACGCUCAUACAAAACUUCGACACACUCCUGGAGAGCGGCACGUUGGUCGACUGCACCCUGGCGGCGGAGGGGAAGUAUCUAAAGGCUCACAAAGUGGUCCUCUCCGCGUGCAGUCCAUACUUUGAGGGCCUUCUUAGCGAGCACUAUGACAAACAUCCAGUCUUCAUCCUCAAAGACGUCAAGUUUAAGGAGCUAAAGGCCAUGAUGGACUACAUGUACAGGGGAGAAGUUAAUAUAUCCCAAGACCAAUUGGCAGCACUACUGAAAGCGGCCGAGUCUCUACAGAUUAAGGGCCUCUCAGAAAGCAAGACUGGCGGUACCAGCAGCAGCAGCACCAAAACAGACACGAGACAGAAAACAACACAACCGCCUGUAUUGUCAGACAUUCCACAUGCGUCUUCCGGUCUCACAAUUGAGAAGAACAGCAAAGUUCCUAGGCAGAGUGUAGCACAUGUUUCAGUUGCUGAUGUACCAGAGGACUCGGCCAGUCCACAAUUACCCAAAGGCGUUUCCUCCAGGGAAGGCUCCCAAAGUCCUGUUGCCAGAAGGAGAAAGAGAGUGAGAAGAAGAAGCGUUGGUGACGACAAUUCAAUGGAUAAUCACGAGGCAUCAAACUCUAGUGACUUACCCCAGCAAUUGGGAAUAACGUCACUUGGUCUUACGCCUGUAGGAGAUGACAAGGCACACUCAGAGGCUGGAGAUGGCGUCGGCAAGUCAGCACUCAUGACACACCUGACGAAACCCGCCGACGACAUGCACCAGAUUCCAAUGGAAAAGGCUGAACCCACAGAUAACCUGAUUGAGCCAAAGUCCGAGUACCUGGAGGACCCCGAGGAGAGUGUUGAAGACUUGACACUGGACGAUGACAUGAAUGACCUCAAUGAAAUGGAACAAGAUAAUAACAGAGCUGGACCCUCGUCGCACGACCCAAGUCAACAUCCUGGUCUCGCAGCGUGGCACGUAACGGGUGAUCGAAGUAAUGCGGGUGGCGUCGUGGGAGCGGUUGCUGGAGCCCCUGGGGCUAAUGACGAAGUUUUCCUAGCUGCCCAGGAGGCCGCCCAGGCCCAUCGCGACUCUCAAGAUUACUAUCAGCCCGGCCAAAUUGUGGAACGAAUGGAUCAAGCUCUCUGUCUGGAUCCAAUGUUCAACGAACCCCAAAAACGCAUGCUCGGCCGUCGCAGUCUCAUCCAUCAGAAACGCUUCUUCUGUCCAAAGUGCCUGAUGGGAUUCACUAUGAUGAAAAAUCUCAAGCGUCAUUAUCAUUACGAGUGCGGCUGUGAACCGCGAUACAAGUGCCCCUAUUGCGAGUCGAAGAGCAAACAGACGUCCCAAAUUUAUGCUCAUAUUAGGAGGAAGCAUCCUAAUGAGAGAGUUUACUUCAUCGAUGUUACGCUUUAGUUGAAUUGAAGUAUUAUGGGGAUAUCUAACGACAUUUGAAUAUUCAUAAAAUGUUAUUAAUGUAGACUGGAUGAGUCAUACGAGAGGGGAAAUUUGUUCAUGAACUUUUUCUUGUUCUUCAAUUAUAUUGGAUCAAGUGAGUUUGAUUCAAUUAAUUGUUAACUUGCCGACCCGAAGGGAAGUUAUUUUUAAUUUGUUUCAUUGGUUACAUUCAUACAGAUGAUCCUAAUGAAAGAGUUUACCUCACCGAUGUUACACUUUAGUUAAAUUAAAGUAUUAUGGGGCUAUCUAACGAAAUUUGAAGAUUCAUAAAAUGUUAUUGAUGUAGACUGCAUGAGUCAUACGAGAGUGGAAAUUUCUUCAUCAACUUUUUCAUGUUCUUCAAUUAUUUUGGAUCAAUGAAGUUUGAUUUAAUUAAUUGUUUCUAAUUUGUUUCAUUGUUUACAUUCAUGCAGAUGAUCCUAAUGGGAGAGUUUACUUCGUCGAUGUUACACUUUAGUUGAAUUAAAGUAUUAUGGGGCUAUUUAAUGAAAUUUGAAGAUUGAUAAAAUGUUAUUAAUGUAGACUGUAUGGGUCAUAUGAAAGUGGAAAUUUGCUCAUCAACUUUUUCUUGUUCUUCAAUUAUUUUGAAUUGAUAAAGUUUGAUUUAAUUGUUUGUAAUUUGUUUCAUUGUUCACAUUUAUGCAGAUUUAUGUCCAUAUGAGGAGGAAGCAUCCUAACGAGAGAGUUUACUUCACUGAUGUUAGACGUUUGUUGAAUUGGCUUGAAGUAUUAUGGGAUUAUUUAACGAAAUGUGACAGUCGAUAGAAUGUUAUUCAUGUACUGGAGUAUUCAUAGGCUGCAGGAGGGUCGAGCAGAAUGGAUACUUUACUUAUCUCUCAAUGUUAACAAUUUAGAAACGAACUCGUCGAUUGGGUUCAGUCCAGGGUCACCUCAAAGGGAGAGAAUUGUACUUUUCAAGGAAAAAUUAUCCCAUUUAAUCAAUCAUUCAAUGAGUUAUUGAGAUUCAAGUAAAUAUUCCAAAUGUCCAUUUUGCCCCACUCGCUCCUUACUCAAUCAUUUUGGAUUAAUCGACUUUUAGUUAAUCAAUUGUCUCUAAUUUAUUUCACUGUUCUCCAUGAUGCGAAUAAAACUGAGUUUAUUCUCUUGUCGUUAUGCUGUAGUCGAACGAUUCAGCUCGAAAGAUUUACUAUUUAACGAUUUAUAUAUAACAAUUAAUGAAAAAGUUGCGAAUAUAGACGAAUUAAAGUCAUACGAAAAUGAAAAUUUA